UCACCAACUACCUUGCUCACAAAUAAAGUAUGUGAAUUUGUGUAGCUGUCAAGCCAGUGAUGUUGCUUUGGGCGGAUACCCAGUAAUUUGAAAAGGGCGGGUUUGGAGCAAACCACGUGGCCACAUAGUGUUACCAUCAGGCCGUUGCCAGGGAAACACCCUAUUUAGGCGGACCUUGUGUGUUGCUUUUGGCUGCUGUGUAAGCUGUAGUGGUGAGAUAACAAGAGAAGAGUUCGCUACAGAACGGACGACUGUGCGACCCUCCCACGUCCACACUCUCCAAUUAUGAGUAACAGGGAGCAAGAUUUUAAAGACAUAUGGUCAAUCAUAGAAGAAGAGAAAUUGAAGGCUAUCGAAGACAAGAGCGAUGAAACUAAAAGUCAGGAAACGAAUGUAUUUUUUAUCGGAUGCAAAAAUUCCGGAAAGACGACACUUAUUCUUAAAUUCUUGGAGAGAGAGGAAACCCCCAAGCCCACCACUGGAUUGGAGUACACAUAUGGACGCAGAACAAGAGGAAUGAAUCUGGCUAAAGACGUGGCUCACUUAUGGGAGUUAGGUGGGGGAACAUUUCUCUCUCAAUUACUGAAUAUACCACUCACAACUGAUACUAUCAGUAAUUCUUCGGUAUUAAUUAUCCUUGAUCUAUCGAAGCCUGAUGAGUUAUGGGAUGUAAUGGAGUCUCUUAUUAAUGAGUUGAGGUCAAGGAUCAAAUCUAUAGUCUCGGACCUUAGAUCAACUAACCCUGCUAUUGUUACUGACCUCAGACGAAAGGCAAAGGAAAAACACGGAGCAGGACAUCCCGAUGAGCCGGUUCUAACUCCACUGCCUAUUCCAGUGGCUUUCAUCGGGACCAAGUAUGACGUGUUUCAGGAUUUUGAUCCGGAGAAGAAGAAAAUAAUCAGUAGGACACUAAGAUUUGUUGCACACAAGUAUGGGGCCUCUCUUUAUUAUUUCAGUAAUAAAUCUGAGACUCUGGUGACAAGGUGCAGACAGGUCAUAACACACUUUGCAUUUAAUGGACCAUUAAAUCAGGCAGUAUCAAUGGAUUACAAUAAACCAUUAAUAGUUCCGGUUGGCUCUGAUUCCAUUGGACAGAUAGGUAUUCCAUCUCUUUCAAGUGGUGAUGAUCUUGCAAAGAUUGGAGCUGAAUCAAAGAGCCCCUUUGAUGUCUGGAAGCAAGCUUACUGUGGCUUUUUCCCUCAGGCUCCCAAAGAUCAUCAGAUUUUCGAUGAUCCUUGUAAGGACUUGCGCUACAAGGAGCCAAGCAUUGAUUCAAUGAGAUCCCAAAAGGAUGAGGAGCUUGAACGGUAUAAGAAAGAGUGUGAGAGAAAAGCUAGGCAGAGGGAACAAGCUAAAAUAAACUCCACCGGAAAGAGAUCAUCAUAAUUGAAAGCUUUGGGACUAUUGUCUCAACUUGCUUCUAUUGUACUACAUUUACAUCACUUACUUUUUAAAAUUAUUUUACUGCUCAACAAACUCUGAAAUAAGAACAUUAUAUUUUUUAAUGAUAAUAAAAAAUAAUGUUUAAAUUAAAAUUUAGAAAAUAAACUACACGUGUAAUGUACAACUUAUGAAUAAAUAAAAUAAUAAUAUAUAAUAAAUUUUGUGGUCUAAAAAUUUGUUGUAUCUUCUAUUGGUACAAAUACAGGA